AUGUCACCUUGUUUCGCUGUGAGCACACAGUGGAACAUACUGCAUCAGUUGGAACAUACUGCAUCUAUGAGGGAUCUUAAAACUUGUCUAAGACUAACUGAUAAUUCUCUUUUCCAGCUCCUUAUCCUCCUUACUCUGGCUGCUGUCGUUGCAGCUGACAGCCGUGAGUCCUACGAAUACCUCGCGCCUCAGCGUUCCAAUGAAGCUUCUUCUGAGUCGUACGAAUACCUGCCACCUCAGCAUUCCGAUGAAGCUUCUGCUGAGUCCUUCGAAUCUUCUGAAGCUAAGUACAGCUUCAACUGGGCCGUGAGCGAUGACUCCUCAAGCAACGAGUUCGGCCACCAGGAGGUCCGUGACGGCGACCACACCCAGGGAUCCUACUACGUGCAGCUCCCCGACGGCCGCCUGCAGACCGUCAAGUACUUCGUGGACGGCGACUCCGGCUACGUGGCUGAGGUCAACUACGAGGGCGAGGCUCGUUACCCCGACUCCUACGAGUCCUUUGAGUCUGAGUCCGCUGAGUCAGCUGAGUCACGCGAAUACAGACCACCCAGGCCUCAGUACGUCUACGACUCCAACGAGUCUAGGUAAAUCCUGAUCAGAGCAUUUUUUUUCUCAUACCAUUGUACGAUGCUCUCUAUUUAUCUUCUCUAUUUAUCAGUGUAAAAGAAAUAAAUUAAUGUUAUGCAAUACUGUUUUAUUUCGCUUUUUUUUUUGCAGAUAAACAUAUAAACAUAUACAUAACUGCAAAAAUAUAAACAUUUCACGUGAAUACCAUAUGCAGAACUCCAAUGCUGCGAAGAAUAUGCCUAGCAUUUUCAAAUGAACAUAAAUAAAAAAAAAAAAAAAAAAAGGAAGUGAGAAUGAAUGAGAGAAAUAAGGACCGAGAGAGAAAAUUAAUAUGAAAGCAAAUUGAUUAAUGAAUUAAUGAUUUACAGAGAGAAAAGAGAGGAGGACUUAGACCCAAGAGAAUAAUUAGAAUGAGGGAAUGAAUAGAUGAAAGAGAAAGAAAAACGGCAGAAAGAGAAACAAAGUAAAUAAAUGAUAGAGUGAGAAAGAAUGUUGUAUAAGGUUCUGAAGAGAAAUGAUAAAGACAGGCUUAGAGUUAUGGAGUGCCUCCUAAGACGGCAUCAGGGCCCUUGCGAUUUUCCCCAAAUUUGAAUCUAUUAUGACAGCGGCACUUUAAAGGGGGGGGGGAUGCGUCACUAACAAUUUAAUGAUUGAUUUUGUACAUUAUGAGCUCCCAAAGACAAAAUGUUAACCCCGAAAAAAAAGAAAAGAAAAAUACAUCUUUUUAAAAUAGGCUGUAGCUAUAAUAACUAUAGAGUUAAAGGAAUGUUCAAACAGAGAGUCAGAGAGAGAAAGAAAGUGACAGACAACGAGAGGGAGACAAAGUGAUAGAAGGACAGACAGUAAGAGAUAGAAAGACAGAAAGUAAGAGACAG